AUGGAGCAUGCCAAAGAUGAAUACCGGCUCUCGUAUCUCAGAAUGGAUGACCCACCGGAACACCAAGCGCAGCGUCAACCGUUAUCGGCAUCCGAUCAGGCCGUUCUUGCGCAAGGGUCAGGGUCUUUGGGAUCGAGUUGGAUAUGGGAGAUUCUGAGCUGUGUGAUUGCUGUGGCCUCGCUUGCCGGCAUUAUCGUGGUGCUGUACAUGUACGAUGGGAAAUCUAUGCCGGAUUGGCCGUAUGGGAUCACGUUGAACGCUGUCAUCUCUCUUUUAACCACGCUUAUGAAGGCCGCCAUGGCGUUCCCGAUCACUGAGGCCUUGUCUCAACUCAAAUGGUCGUGGUUCAGUCGAGGAAAUAACUUGAGUGACUUGGCAUUGUUAGAUGCUGCGAGUCGGGGCCCAUUCGGGGCUGCACUGGGUCCAGCGCUGAACGGAGAAAACAGAUACUUGGUGACAGUCGGAUGCUUGGUGCUCGUUGUUGCGGCAGCCAUCGCCCCGUUCGUCCAACAAGUGAUUGCAAUCAAUAUCCGACCCGUUCACUCUUCUAAUUCAUCCUCUAUUCAAAUCUGCAACACCAGCAUGUACACCGACUACGACGAGGGACCCGGUCCAGGACAAAACGUAGUGCCACUCUCUACCCUCGCGUCUAUAUACACGGGAAUCUUCCAAGACCAGAGCGCAGGCAGUCCCUCUGUGAUGACGACCUGUCCGACCGGGAAUUGCACUUUUGUUCCCUACCAAUCUCUAGGUUUUUGCAGUCGCUGUGCCAACAUCACCGAUCAGCUUACGCUGAACAAAACCACCCUAGGGCUCAGUACGAUAGAGACCUAUGACUAUAAGCUACCGAAUGGGUUCAGCUUCAGUACGUCACAGACAGGGAUGUACCUCAUGAACUCAACAAAUGGCCUCCCCCUACUGCAAAUCGAUACCAAAAACCUGCCUCUCAUCAUAAAUUUCACCGCGAUCAGUGCCUCUGGCUACGGAGUACCACCGCAAGUCAGCGCAACUGAAUGUGCCUUAUACUUCUGUAUUGAUACGUAUGAAGCAACCGUCAAGGACGGCAAGUUCGACGAGCGAAUAACAUCCUCCGGCACCUCCACCAAUCUAACAACCAGCUUUAGCCUGGAGAACUUUUCCCUAACUCCGGACACCUGCUACGUGAACGGGACGCGGCGCGACGACAAGAGCGAGUGCACAUAUCCAGUCAAUGCAUUCAGUCGACUAUCGAUGGUUAACUCCCUUACGCCACUUCUGAACGGAACAGGACAGUUAUACAUGUCCAAUCGACCAUACUGGUCCACAGAUACCGCUAAAGCUCUCUAUGGCGUCCAAGGCAACUUCACCGAUAUCAGCACCGUCUUCACAUCUCUCGCGACUUCGCUCACAACCCAUGCCCGGAAUCAAGUCUGCAAAGCCUCGGUGAAGGGCAUGACCUGGAAUGUGGAGUCUUUCGUCAGCGUUCGUUGGGUGUGGAUGAUUCUCCCUAUUGUCCUCGUUGGAUUGACGAUUAUCUUCUUGUUGGUGACCAUGAUCAAGACCCGGAACCAGUACAUUUGGAAAUCUUCGCCUUUGGCGCUGUUAUUUUCGGAUUUGGCUGUCGACGGACAGCAUUCUUUCGAGAGGAACCUCAGUCUCAGUGGUAUGGAGGAUGUGUCGAAGAAGAUGAAGGUCUGGCUGGAGAUCACACAAGCAGGCGUGAAGCUGAAGGGUAUUCCCCGAUAG